AUGGAGGGCAGCCUGCAGCAGCUCAACCUGCAGAGGGGGCCCGAGGAGGCGGGGGACAGCCAGGCCCUCGCCAAGCUGCAGGAGUUGGCCCUGACGUGGUUCAUGCAGACACAGGCGCCCCUCAUCCUGCAGGACGGAGCCCUGCCCCCCUGGUUUCACGGAUUCAUUACUCGCAAGCAGACGGAGCAGCUGCUUGAGGACAAAGCUCUCGGCUCCUUCCUCAUCCGCCUCAGCGACCGGACCACCAGCUACAUCCUGUCCUACAGGGGUAGUGACCGCUGUCGGCACUUUGUCAUCAACCAGCAGCGGGACCGGCGCUACCUGGUCUCAGGAGACACCUGCAGCCACGGCACCCUGGCUGACCUCGUGCGUCAUUACCAGGAGGUGCAGUUGGAGCCCUUUGGGGAGAUCCUGUCUGCUGCCUGCCCUCGGCUGGAGGACAACGAUCUAUAUGAUGCCAUCUCCCUGGGCCUCCAGCACACCAGUCUGGGCCUGGAAAAUCCACCUGCCUCAGCAUCGCCCCUGGUGGCCCCGGACAAGGCUACCAGCCCCUGGCCCUGCCUGAAGCCGCAGGUCCCCUUCCUUCACACCAAGAAGAGUCUGGAUGCGAGUUCCUGCAGCUUCUCUGAGGAGGCGGUUCUGCCUCUGUCUCCCCAGGUCCCCGUCAGGGUGCCUCCCCUCCCUGAGAGGAGUGCCUCCCCUCCAAACGAGUCCUUUGGAAGCUCCAGCAACAGCAUCUACUCAGACCUGAGGAAGGUGAACCAGGCACGGCUGGGCCUGGGCGCAGAGGCAUCCGGCAGGCCCGGGCCAGCCCCAGCUGGCAGCCAGCCCAGCUCCCCAGGCAAGGAGCCGCGGAGGACACUCUUGGCUGGAGGCCAGAACAGGCCUGAUGGCCCAGGGCCUGCCCUCUCUGGGGUGAGCCCCGAGCAGGGUCCUACGGUGCCUCCCAUGCCCUGGGGCCACCUCCUGCCCUCUGCUUCUGAGGCCCUGGGAUCCUCGGCUGCCCCCUGGAGCCAGGGGUCUCUGAAGCUGAGCCACAGGGCUCAGCCCUGCUCCCAGGGCAGCUCUGCAGACACUUUUGAGUUCCUGCAGACAGCAGGUCCCCCAUCAGAGCCCAGGGACGUGCCAGACCAAGAAGGCAGUGCCUAUGCGCAGGUCCCAGUGCGCUGGGGGGGCCCAGCCAGGCCCUCGGGUCCCGGGACCAGUCCUCCAUCUAGCAAGCCGCCAGGACCCACAGACUACAGCUAUGAGAGGCUCUCAGGGGCCCCGGAGCUCCCCGAGCCCAGGAACACCUAUGAACAAACCCCAGCAGCCAGGAGCAAGGAGACUGGACGGACACACAAGCCUGACAAGUUCCGGAGGAUCUUCUUCACUGACAAGAAGCACAAGUCCUGA